AUGGGUGAUUGGUGUCACUUAUGUAGGAAAUGGAUGGGUGAUUGGUGUCAGUUAUGUAGGAAAUGGAUGGGUGAUUGGUGUCAGUUAUGUAGGAAAUGGAUGGGUGAUUGGUGUCAGUUAUGUAGGAAAUGGAUGGGUGAUUGGUGUCAGUUAUGUAGGAAAUGGAUGGGUGAUUGGUGUCAGUUAUGUAGGAAAUGGAUGGGUGAUUGGUAUCAGCUGUGUAGGAAAUGGAUGGGUGAUUGGUGUCAGUUAUGUAGGAAAUGGAUGGGUGAUUGGUGUCAGUUAUGUAGGAAAUGGAUGGGUGAUUGGUGUCAGUUAUGUAGGAAAUGGAUGGGUGAUUGGUGUCAGUUAUGUAGGAAAUGGAUGGGUGAUUGGUGUCAGUUAUGUAGGAAAUGGAUGGGUGAUUGGUGUCAGUUGUGUAGGAAAUGGAUGGGUGAUUGGUGUCAGUUGUGUAGGAAAUGGAUGGGUGAUUGGUGUCAGUUAUGUAGGAAAUGGAUGGGUGACUGGUGUCAGUUAUGUAGGAAAUGGAUGGGUGAUUGGUGUCAGUUAUAUAGGAAAUGGAUGGGUGAUUGGUGUCAGUUAUGUAGGAAAUGGAUGGGUGAUUGGUGUCAGUUAUGUAGGAAAUGGAUGGGUGAUUGGUGUCAGUUAUAUAGGAAAUGGAUGGGUGAUUGGUGUCAGUUAUAUAGGAAAUGGAUGGGUGAUUGGUGUCAGUUAUGUAGGAAAUGGAUGGGUGAUUGGUGUCAGUUAUGUAGGAAAUGGAUGGGUGAUUGGUGUCAGUUAUGUAGGAAAUGGAUGGGUGAUUGGUGUCAGUUAUGUAGGAAAUGGAUGGGUGAUUGGUGUCAGUUAUGUAGGAAAUGGAUGGGUGAUUGGUGUCAGUUAUGUAGGAAAUGGAUGGGUGAUUGGUGUCAGUUAUAUAGGAAAUGGAUGGGUGAUUGGUGUCAGUUAUAUAGGAAAUGGAUGGGUGAUUGGUGUCAGUUAUGUAGGAAAUGGAUGGGUGAUUGGUGUCAGUUAUGUAGGAAAUGGAUGGGUGAUUGGUGUCAGUUAUGUAGGAAAUGGAUGGGUGAUUGGUGUCAGUUAUGUAGGAAAUGGAUGGGUGAUUGGUGUCAGUUAUAUAGGAAAUGGAUGGGUGAUUGGUGUCAGUUAUAUAGGAAAUGGAUGGGUGAUUGGUGUCAGUUAUGUAGGAAAUGGAUGGGUGAUUGGUGUCAGUUAUGUAGGAAAUGGAUGGGUGAUUGGUGUCAGUUAUGUAGGAAAUGGAUGGGUGAUUGGUGUCAGUUAUGUAGGAAAUGGAUGGGUGAUUGGUGUCAGUUAUAUAGGAAAUGGAUGGGUGAUUGGUGUCAGUUAUAUAGGAAAUGGAUGGGUGAUUGGUGUCAGUUAUAUAGGAAAUGGAUGGGUGAUUGGUGUCAGUUAUGUAGGAAAUGGAUGGGUGAUUGGUGUCAGUUAUGGUAG